AUUUGGUCACUUUCUGUUAAAUUACAUUAUCUUUGGUCUAUCCUUUUCUUGAGUGCUAUAUUCUCUCUUUUUCUUUUCUAAAUUUUCCUAUAUUUACUAUCCUAUAAAUAAACAGUUCCAAAACUUGGGUUGCAGGGCUGAUUCACAGUUACUGUUGUAUUGGGUGGCUUUUGACUCCCCCGACUUAUUAUAUCCUUCACUCCUAAUCUAUAUUUAAGAACCAACCUCCACUCUUCUUUCUCUGCUUCCUUACAACCCUCCAACCCUCUCUUUCUCUUUCUCUCUCUCUCUAUUUGUUUUUUAAGGUUAGGCUUAGCCCUCUCUUCGGUUGUGUCAGGAAGAAACAUGGAAGCACCAGAGGAACUCUCUCUGGGGGGGUCCAAAGAUCACGCCAACAUUGUCAAGGGGAAAAGAACCAAAAGGGUCAGACCACAAUCCCCUAUCCCCUUCUCUGUCACCGCCAAUUCCUCCACCGGAGAAGGAGAAAGAGAAGAUUGCUGCAAUGUUGAUGACAACACCAACAACAAAAAUUAUGAUAUUAAUAAUAACAACAUCAUCGUCAACAACAUCAACAACAACAACUCUCCCACCACUUCCUCUGCAGGAUUACAAGACAGCACGGAUGAAGAGGAGGACAUGGCCAAUUGCCUCAUCCUUCUGGCACAAGGACAAUCUCGGGAAUCUCCAAAACAUGUCGAGGAAGAUGUGGGAAUGAACUACGCCAAGUACAGCAGUAGGAAAUUCUUGGAGGCGGCCACCUUGGGGUCUAGCAGGGCAGGGUACUAUGUUUAUGAAUGCAAGACGUGUAACAGAACUUUCCCUUCUUUUCAAGCACUCGGAGGCCACAGGGCCAGUCACAAGAAGCUUAAGGCAGUCGUGCCCAUUCCCCAAGAGAAGAAGCACCAACACCUUUUGUCAUCGGAUGAGGACGACUUUCAAUUGAAGCCCAACAAUAAAUCACCGUUUUCCCUUCAACUCGGUACAAAGGCCAGUUUGUACAACAAAUCCAAGGUGCACGAGUGCUCCAUCUGUGGUGCUGAAUUCACAUCGGGGCAAGCACUGGGAGGCCACAUGAGACGCCACCGCGCACCGGUUGGGAUCCCCACCACACUCUCCUUCACCCCAUUGACUCUGGAACCGGAAGAAGAUCACCCCAGAAAGAAAAGGAAUGUCUUGAACUUGGAAUUGGAUCUCAAUCUUCCCGCCCCAGAAGAUGAUCAAAGAGAAUCCAAGUUUUCCUUUGCAUCCAAGCAACAACAACAACAACAACAUGGACAGAAACAACAGCAGCAGCAGCAACAACAGCAACAACCACAAACAAGUCUUGUCUUAACUGCCCCAGCUUUGGUGGAUUGUCAUUACUGACAAGGUUUAGAUUGACAUCUGACAUCGAAACUGUGGCAAUGUGAAAUUUUCGCGAUACAUGUGUUGUCUGUGAUCUGGUUUUUCUUUUUGGUUAAAUUUUUUGAUCCAUACAUUUAUCAAAAAUUACAUUACAUGAUUCUUUUGA